GUAUCCACAUAUCCAGGUGAAGGAUACAUAUUAAAGGUACAAAAGAUGAACCAUUAAGGGUAGCAGCUUGAGAGUGGUGUCUGGAGUCUUAUUCUAACAGCAAAAUAUAAAUCCUUUUAUUCCCCUUGAAAAACAUUUUAUGAACCACCAUCUUUUUUCACACACCUGAAAGAUUAUCUUUAAAUUCCACUUUUCAUUUUUUUCCAGACGUGGUCAAGAAUUUUUUCCUGCGUAAACUUAAUACCUAUAGGGUAUUAAAACACAACAAAACGUCUCUCUCUUUUUUUUUUUUUUUUUUACAAUAAACCUAACGACUGAAUCUAAAGCAGCUCCCACCUGGAGACAUAAUGCACUUUAUUUAGAAUGGACUAUUUUAUAAUCCCAUCUAAUUCUCUCAUACGGGGAGUAACAAGCCACUUGGGGAUUCAGCCAACAAGAAUACGCGCGUGCCGAUGAGUCACGCCCCUUCGACCAGCCCACUGCUCUGAUAGGCUGAGAGGAGAGCGCAGGGCGAAAUAUUUGAAUAAAAUCCCCACAACGUUUGUCGCGUGGAAAUUAUGAAUCCACAACUGACAUGGACGGUGGAAAGGGAUGCCAUUCUAUCAUGUUCUUCAAUUACAACCCGCGAGAUUAAUCAAGUUGUUUUUUGGCAUUUAACUUUUUUAAUGGUAUUCUAUUACUAAUGUUUAAGGUUUCCAUGUGUACUCGCACUGAAUGGCCAUUUCUUUCAGGAAAAGUGAUGUUUGGUGAUGUUUCAGCUGAGAUAUAGUCCAGAACCUCUGAACCGUCAUCAUUAGGUUACAACUUGUAGUCAAGAAGUAGUUUAUAAGAGGACAGAAAACUGGAAUCUGGAAGAAAACACAUGCAGUGAUUAGGCUACAGAGCGUCAGCUGUCUGUCACUCAACCUGUUACCGAGCAAGAAGUUCUUGGAGUUACUGCGGAAUAAAUAUUAAGUGUUCCGUUUGGAGAUGGGGAGACGGACUCCGGUCAUGUUAGCGGUGUUGGUGAUGGUCCUGCUUGUUCCUGAGAGCUCGGAGGGCAGAAAGGGCCGCGGUGGCCGGACUCAGACUCGCCAGUCACAGCGGGACCGGACGGAGACGACAGAGAGCUUCCCUCUGGACUUUACCGCCGUGCAGGACGGCAACGUGGACACGUUCAUGGAGCAGGUGAAGAACCUAGCUCAGUCCCUCUACCCGUGCUCGGCUCAGAAGCUGGAGGAUGACAUGAAGCUUCACUUUCUGGAGAACUCCUCAGUGACCUGCAACGACGGAACACCCGCCGGGUACUACAUGAAGGAGUCACGGGGAAGUAGAAGAUGGUUGCUGUUCCUCGAAGGUGGAUGGUACUGCUUCAACAAACACAAUUGUGACACCAGGUACGACACCAUGAGGAGGCUGAUGAGCUCUACCAGGUGGCCUCAGUCACGCACAGGUACAGGGAUUCUGUCUCCUCAGCCAGAGGAAAAUCCACACUGGUGGAAUGCAAACAUGGUAUUCAUCCCUUACUGCUCCAGUGAUGUGUGGAGUGGAGCUUCACCAAAGACUGACCAAAAUGACUAUGCAUUCAUGGGAUCCCUGAUCAUUCAAGAGGUUGUGAAGGAACUCCUGACAAAAGGGCUGGAUAAUGCAAAAGUCCUCCUGCUAGCUGGGAGCAGUGCUGGAGGCACAGGUGUUCUGCUGAACGUGGACCGUGUGGCUGAGCUGCUGAAGAGUCUGGGGCAUGGUUCAAUUCAGGUGCGAGGGCUGGCCGACUCGGGCUGGUUUCUGGACAACAAGCAGUACCGCUGCACGGACUGUGUGGACACCAUCGGGUGUGCCCCAACCGAGGCAAUCAAAAGGGGCAUCAGGUAUUGGGGCAGUGUUGUACCUGAGCGCUGCAGACUGGCUCACACAGGAGAGGAAUGGAACUGCUUCUUCGGUUAUAAAGUCUACCCUACCCUGAAAAGUCCAGUGUUUGUGGUGCAGUGGUUGUUUGAUGAGGCUCAGCUGACAGUUGAUAACAUUCACCUUACGGGGCAGCCGGUGCAGCAAGGCCAGUGGCGUUAUAUCCAGAACCUGGGCAUUGAGCUCAGGAACACUCUCAAAGACGUCCCGGCCAUGUUUGCACCUGCCUGCUUAUCACACGAGAUUAUCACGAGAAAUUACUGGAUGGAUGUGCAUGUCAAGGGCACGUCUCUGCCUCGUGCUCUGCAGUGCUGGGACCGCAGCCUCCAGAACAGCCUUCGUAACAACAGCAGUCAUCGCGCUCCGCCUCGUGCAUGCCCGCUACAUCUGAUCGACAGCUGCCCAUGGCCUCACUGCAACCCGACGUGCCCUACGAUCCGAGAUCAGAUGACCGGACAGGAAAUGAGCGUCAUCCAGUUCCUCACUCAUAUGGGCUUUGACGUGCAGCGAAUGGCACAGCAGCAGGGCAUGGAGGCUAGCACACUACUGGGCAUGCUCAAUAAUGGCAACUGAGCCAUGUACACAGAAGCUGAAUGAAAUCAUACACACACACACACACACACACACCCCAUUACCAGUAUAUGAGUUAAGCAGCAAAAUGGCAGUAUGAACUGAAGAGUCAAUUGUAAAUGAUGGAUAUUCACAGGUCCCUUUACAAGGCUGUGGAUUUAAUUUUAAAGGAAGAUGUCGUUUUCAGCCAUAAGCAUUUGUAGCGUAUGUGUGAUUUUACCAGACAAAAAAAAUUAGCCGGUACUGAGAAAAGGACAAAAAAAUAAAACCCUGAAACUUUA